AUGGAGCGAAGCACUUGCAGGGGUUCCAGGGAAAUGCCGAUUUGGGCGUUGUGCGUCACCUUCUGGCCAAAGCCCACAGGGACAGAGGACGCCUCCAGGCCGCUCGACUUGAGCCGGGAUAUGCGGAAUAUCGCCGAGGGCUUUUCGUUUGAGAUCUGUCCGAGGCUGGCUCAGCUGAUGAGGAACACUGGGAUCUCUGAAAACGUCCCGGAAACAGCCCUUUUUGAACCUAACCAAAUCGCCCCACAUGACUUGCAAAUCACAGGUCGGACAAGUGCCGCUCACGGGCACGAUUCCAUCAGUCACUUCACCGGAACGCCGCAAAAACAAGUCCGCCAAACAGCGAAGGUGGAAUUUGUUGUAGCAGCCGAAACAACGGAGCUGGUCCGCGACCGAAGCGACAUCUUCUCCGCACACGAGGCAACACGAGGAUCCGUUUCCGGACGCGGAAUGAGUCGAGUUCUCGAGGACGUCUCGGAUUCGACGGGAUUUCACUAG